AUGGUUCAAUCCAAAAAGUUCAGAGGUGUCAGGCAGCGUCAUUGGGGUUCUUGGGUUUCUGAAAUUCGUCAUCCACUUUUGAAGAGAAGGGUGUGGCUGGGAACAUUUGAGACAGCUGAGGAAGCAGCAAGAGCAUACGAUCAAGCUGCGAUUUUAAUGAGUGGUCGAAAUGCGAAAACAAAUUUCCCAAUAACACAAACUCCCGAAGGAGAUCCGAAGAGCAGUGUAACUACUGAUAAGGACAAGCGUUCAAGUUCUUCUAAGGAUCUAGAAGAAAUCUUGCACGCCAAGCUUUGA